AUGUGUAUUAAUCAUUUAAGUACUCUGAUUACAGCGCAAUCUAUCAUAAGUAAGAUGUCAAAACGUCCAAUUGAAGCGAUUUAUAUGGAGUGAACAUAUUUCGAUGAUAUCCACAUUCACAAAAUUCGCAUCAUAUAAUAAGAUUAUAAAAUACAUUUUCUGAUACUCAGCAUUCUUCAAUACGAUAUUUUAAUAUAAAUAAUUAUUCAUUGUAGUAUAAUUUCCAAUUUUAAUCAAAAAAGAUUUUUCACAUUUUAAAUUAUUUUGUUCUUUUUAUUGUAGGCGAUAAUCAUUUUUUAUUGUCUCCAUUCUCCUCCAUUUCUAGUUGAGAUAGAUACUUUUAUAUAUACGUAAUAUAAUAUAUACAUACACAUAUUUGUACGAUUCUAUUUAUAUGUGAAUCUAAGAUAAAUUAGUUACUCAUUGAAUAAUAUUUGCUUUAUUGAUAUUACGUGAAAUAAUUAAUUAUUUUUAUCAUAAAUUGUUAAAAAUUUAUGUAUAAAACGCUGAUAAUAAUACAAAAUACUCGCAUGAAAUUAACGUUUUUAUACUAUUAAAUUAUCAAAUACAGAAUUUCUUUUGCAGAUGUAAAAAGUAUCGUUAAUAUUUAAUAUUUGAAGUAUUGCCGUUCAAUUUACAUUACAAAAACUUAAUUUAAUAACUCGCAUAUGUGAUAUAUAGGAACUUGCAAAUUGAUUCAGUUUUUUAACUUGAAGUUAUAAUAAUAUGAAUUUAAAAAAAAAAACAAUUGAUAAACGUUUAAGUUUAUUAAAAAUGUGUGAAGUUAUUUACAAUUUGGAACGUAUGAAAUUGACAUUAAGUUUCACUAUUGCUUUCCAGGUGUCCAUUCUAAUUACUAUAGAUCAAUGACAGACUCUUUUAGUAUCCUCGGUCUUUUUGUUUUCGUGUGAAGUGAAUAUGUCAAAGAUUGUAGCGAUGUAUAGUUAGUAUUAAGUUGAAAGUAAUUAUAAUUGCAUAUUAUAAGUGUGAAUAUCGAUGUAGCAUUAUGAAUUAUUAAUAACCAGCUGGUCAUAGUUGGAAUCACGAUAUGGCAUCUCGCAGGUGAGGCACGUUUUUAUACUUGCAUAAAAAAAUAUAGAGUUCUAGUAAUUCACGGAUGAUCUGAACAAGCCCAUUCAUUUAUCGGUGCUAGCCGAUGGAUUAUCUAAAUAGAUUUAGAGGUAAACUAUGUCCAUUUAAAUCAAUUAAUGUCGUUGAAUUUUUCAUGUCCAAAAAUGGAUACAAUUUCGUUUUAUAUGCGCAUUGAUCAUGCAUAUCUCCAAUUAUUUACGUGUAAUACAUUUAAUAAUAUUAUUUGUUUGUUAUUGUUAUUAAUAACAAAUAAAUAUAAAUUUAAUAUGCUGGAAAAGAAUAGAACAUUAAGUAUAAAAAUAAUUUGAAUAGAUUGCAGGUUUUUGAGAUAAAAUGAAAUUUACUAUCUGUCUCAAAGUAAAGAUUCUGCUUUAUAUAUUGUUUUAGAAGAAGGUUUUUACAUUAUAAGAAUAUAAAUAUUCUUAUUGCAGAUGGUUUCAUCCGAAUAUAUCGGGUUUAGAAGCAGAACGUUUAUUAAUGGAACGGGGUUAUGAUAGUUCAUUUUUGGCACGUCCAAGUUCAUCUAAUCCUGGUGACUUUACGUUAUCUGUUAGACGGAAUGGAGAAGUGACUCAUAUUAAAAUACAAAAUACAGGAGAUUUCUAUGAUCUUUAUGGUGGUGAAAAAUUUGCAACAUUGUCGGAACUUGUACAGUUUUACAUGGAAAAUGGAGGACAAUUGCGCGAAAAGAAUGGAGAAAUUAUUGAAUUGAAAUAUCCACUAAAUUGUGCAGAUCCAACGACUGAAAGGUGGUUCCAUGGCCAUUUAUCAGCUAAAGAAGCAGAACGUUUAAUGUUGGAGCGAGGUAAAAAUGGAUCUUUUCUGGUUCGUGAAUCCCAGAGUAAACCUGGUGACUUUGUAUUAUCUGUUCGCACAGAUGAUCGUGUUACACAUGUUAUAAUACGAUCUCAGGAUAAUAAAUAUGAUGUUGGUGGAGGUGAUAAAUUUGAUAGCUUAACUGAUUUAAUAGAACAUUAUAAACGUAAUCCAAUGGUUGAAACAAGUGGAAGUGUUGUUCAUUUACGACAACCUUUCAAUGCUACUCGUAUAAGUGCUAGUGGUAUUGAAAGUAGAGUAAGACAAUUACAUAAAGAAAAUGGUUGUUCAAAUGGAUGGUUGUGGAAUGGAGCCACAGGUAGUAAUGAAGGCGGAGUAGGGCGUGGUAAAGGAAAAGCCGGAUUCUGGGAAGAAUUUGAGUCAUUACAACAGUUAGAAUGUCGUCAUUUAUUUUCCAGAAAAGAAGGAUUGCGUCCUGAAAAUCGAGCAAAGAAUCGAUAUAAAAAUAUUUUACCAUAAUGAAGAAGGAGAUGGACAAGCUAGUGGAAUUAACACUUGCGGUGAUGGUGGUUCAUUUAAUAAAUGUUAUAUAGCAACACAAGGUUGCCUCCCAAAUACAAUUCAAGAUUUUUGGCAUAUGGUAUAUCAAGAAAACACUCGAGUGAUAGUUAUGACCACUAAAGAAAUGGAAAGAGGAAAGAAUAAAUGUGCUCGAUAUUGGCCAGAGGAAGGUGAAAUUACCGAAUAUGGAGGUGAAUGGAAAGUGCGUGCUUUAUCUCGUACUUCUACGGCAGACUACACAUUGCGAGAAUUCUUAUUAAACGGAAAUACAUCUGGUUUUGCAGAAGCUAGACGAAUUUAUCAUUAUCAUUUUCAAGCUUGGCCUGAUCAUGGUGUUCCAUCUGAUCCUGGAUGUGUAUUAAAUUUCCUUCAUGAUGUUAAUGCGAGACAAGAGUCAAUUGCUGCUUCUCUUGCUUUAAACGGUCAAAACACAUCAAGCAUUGGGCCAAUUCUUGUACAUUGUAGUGCUGGAAUUGGUAGAACUGGAACAUUUAUUGUUAUCGAUAUGAUUCUUGAUCAAAUUAAGCGUCAUGGGCUGGAUUGCGAAAUUGAUAUUCAGAGAACAAUUCAACGAGUACGUUCACAAAGAUCAGGAAUGGUUCAAACAGAAGCGCAAUACAAGUUUGUUUAUUUGGCUGUAUUACACUAUAUCGAAACUGUAUCUCAGCGGAUGCAAGCAGAGCAAAAAUCUCUACAUUUAGGUCGAGAAUAUACUAACAUUCGAUAUAAAAGCGAAACAAAUGCUACAACUAUGGGCGAUAUUUCGGUCCCUACAUGUACUGCGACAACUCUUUCAACGUCAGCACAUUUUACAUUAGCCACUUCUAUCAGUAAUUUAAGGCCAAACGUGACAAAUUAUGCUUUACCUACAGAUAGUGUAAUGUAUAUUUUUAACAGAAAUACAAAAUUGCUGCAGAAAGAACGUGCUGCACGAGCAGCUGAUGUAAAACUAUAUGAUUACAUCAAAGAAGAAGUAGGCUACAGACUUGCAGAUAGAAUAUUUGAUAUAAAAAAAAACUUCAAAAAAGCACUUGAUUUAGGAUGUGGUCGUGGUUACGUAUCAAAACAUAUUUUAACAGAAUGUGUGCAAGAAUUAAUUUUAGCUGACAUGUCAACUAGCUUUGUAAAUCAAGCAGAAGCUACUGAAGGAAUUAAAAUAUUGCGGAUAACAAUGGAUGAAGAAAAUUUUUCAGUUGAACAAAAUAGUUUAGAUUUAGUAAUAAGUUCAUUAAGUCUACACUGGGUGAAUGAUUUACCAGGAUGCUUCAAAAAUAUUAAUAAAAGUUUAAAAAAUGAUGGAGUUUUCAUAGGAGCUUUGUUUGGAGGAGAAACAUUAUUUGAAUUAAGAAGUUCCUUACAAUUGGCAGAAUUAGAAAGAGAUGGUGGGAUUUCAGCACAUAUCUCUCCAUUUGCAGAUGUUAGAGAUAUUGGCAACUUAUUGACAAGAGCUAAUUUUACCAUGUUAACUAUUGACGUCGAUGAAAUUGUUAUUGGAUAUCCAAAUGUGUUUGAAUUAAUGUGGGACUUAAAAGGAAUGGCAGAGAAUAAUGCAAUAAGAAAUCGAAAAUUACGUUUAAAUAAAGACACUAUUCUUGCUGCUGCAGCAAUAUACAAAGAACUAUAUGGAAAAAUGAAAGAAGAUGGUACUCCAUACAUACCUGCUACAUUUCAAAUAAUUUAUCUAUUAGGUUGGAAGCCAGAUCCAUCACAACCAAAACCUUUAGAAAGAGGUAGUGGAAAGAUGUCACUUAAAGAUUUAUAUAAAUUAGACGAAAUUAUACAAGACACAAAAAAUAUUAAAAUAGAUGAAGACAAAUAA